UUUUGUCUUGUCUGUUUUUUCUUCUUCAGCCAUGGCUCAUUCCUUUCGCUCACUUUUCCCAUCCAUUCUUCAAUUCUUUCAUUCCUUCAUUCCUUCCAUUUCUCUUUCACAUCCUCUUUGUGCAUGACUCUCAAUUGUCUCCUCACUAUCCUUUCCUCUCCUCUCCUUACCUUUCAAACGCAUACAGCAAGCAACGAAACGAACAUCUCUUCUUCACACAUAAUACUCUAACUGAAACUGUGCUCUACUUCUUCUUGCUUGCUACUUAAACCUCCUCUUCCCAUCUUCCUUCUUCUCCUUCUCUUGUGCUUUGCACAACAUCUUGAAAGGUAUCAAUCAUGUCUUCGGCACCGACCACUGAGUCGGGUCCAUCGCCUCCUGUCCCCACUUGCAACGCUAGUGAUAAGCUAUGCCCAGUAUGUAAGGAGGGCGAGAUAUGCAGACUGUCAGUGAUCGAGGCUUCAUAUCAAUGUCCAAAGGCCGAAUGUAUCAAACUUUCAUUUGACACUGGUGCAGACAAUGACGAGGACGGCAACACACCAGAUUCAUCCUCGGGUGGUAGCUCGGCUCUUGCUCCAAUCCUCGGUGUAAUAGCUGGUCUGGGCUUUAUAGCAUUGAUUGCGUUUUUUGUAAUACGGCGUAGACAACGGCGCAAGAGGGCCAUGAUGUUGGGACAAGAUGACUCUCUGGACUCUUUUUCUUCAAAAAGAUGGGACUCGACUGGAUCUGCAGGACAUAAGGAUGUUAUUAGGAUUGCAUACAUUCCUAGUAUGAUUAGUGAUAGCAGCAUUGCAACCCCAGAGCCAUCUGUUCAGACAGGUGGAGUACUCAAACCCGAUUUCACGUCGCUCAGAGAGGAUCAGGACCGCAACAAACAUGAUUCGUUGGCAUCGCUGGACGAAGCUGUUGUCAUGGCUGUUACGGCGAAGGCAACACCACAGGUCAUGAAGCUCAACACAAUCAAAUCAUCUCAAACUGACCUCAUUCAACGAUCCAACGUACUUCAUACCACAAAUUCGAUUAAACGUUCGCAAUCACAACGCCGGUUAGCAGAUGUUAAAGCAAAUGGUAGCACUAAGGCAACGUCAUCUCCAUUACGGGAUGAACAGUAUGAUGACGAGGAUGACUCGGAUCAGGAGACUGUUGAAGAUCAUAAGGUGGCAACGAAAAAACCAUCAGUAGGACCCAUGUCGGAGAGAAAUAAUCAGGAUAAUCCAUUCAUGACCGAGGCUGAACUAGCGGUGGCGUCCACAAAAGCGUCGUGCACGGACAAUACCCGGAGCAACGAUAACAAUGACAAUGACAAUAGAUCCACUACACGGUCGUCCAACCCCUUCCUUUCAAUAGCAGAGUCAACCGUAGUUGGCUCUUCUACAGGGCCCAACACACCUAUGUCACCUUCGUUCACCAAUUACUCUUCACGACCAGAGACGCCUAUGUCACCCAUGUCUGAAACAACUACGACGGCAUUCACUUCCGGACCCAUUAACCAUUCUGGCCGAUUGAUGAACGAGGGUGCCGGCAGUUAUGAUGAUCCAUUAGCUGGACUUCCAACGCCCAACUUGAGACCGUGGGCAUCUUCGUCUGGAACGGGUCCUAUGCGUGACUCGACUUUCUCGACUAUGUCUGAUUCACGAUCCUCAACAAGAGGUGAUGGCGAAGAGAUUAUGAUUUUCUGGGAUGGACAACGAGACUCCAAAGCCAUGUAGAAUAAACAAUAACUCGAUUAAAGCCUUUUAUAUAUAUUAUUACUAUCAC